AUGCAGGCGUCGUCGCAGUUUAACCUCGACUGGCUCUCGAUGAUUCGUAUCAAUUGCCUCUUGUCGACCAACUACUUUGGCAUCUUUUUACUCACGCUGGCCUCAAUGGCGGCAUUCUUCUGCAUCCUCCGAGUUUUUUAUUGGCGCGGCGGGUAUCUGUACAAGGCCAAGCUCGACCGCGUUCCUCGCAGCUGUCUGCACUGCGGCUUUCCCGUCCUCGAGUCGCUCUCGCGCGAUGCCUAUGCUACACUCCAGCAGCAAUUUGGCGACGGCCAGCUCAUUGCUCGCCGCGGUAGCCUCGUCGCGCAAAAGCAGUGCCACGUUGCAAUCAAGCGCACGAUCGCAACGUCGCAAGCCCACGCCACGGGCCUUCCGGUGUACAUGUCGCACCACCAAGUGUGCCCGCUCGCACACCGCCUUCAAACGGCGCAGAUGAAGGAGCGUCUGCUCCGUAGCAAUUUGCGCGUGUGGCAAGCGCGUGUCAAGCUCCGCUUGAACCUUCAGCUGUACAAGGCCAAGUGCUUCCGGCUCGGCAUUUGGCUCCUCCUCUGCACCUAUCCAAUGGUCGCUCAAAAAGUGCUUUCAAUUUUCCAUUGCGAGCGGACGGCAACCGGGUACGUCCUCGUCGUCGAUCGAACGCUGACGUGCUUCUCGUCCGGGUGGUUUCUCUACGCGGGUGUGGCUGGUGUCGGCGUUGCGCUCUGGGUGGUUGGCGUCCCAGUCUUGUUCUGGCUCCUCAUCUACCGCGCCCGCAUACGCCGCGUCGACGACCGUGUACGGGUCCUUCGGCAGCCGCCCUUUGCAGCACUUCGCGCCAAGUGGCUCCGCGAGAUGCGCGCCCACCUUGUCCUCGGUCGCAACGAGCGCAAGUAUACGCCCAUGUCAAAGUUCCUCGACGUGCAAGACUACUACUUGGGCUUGUACAUGCAGCAGCGCAACCUCCAGGACCCACUCGUGCUCAGUCGCAUUGGCUUCAUCUACAACAACUACGACGUGCGCUACUGGUACUGUGAAGUCGUCGACUUGGUGCGGCGACUGCUCAUGAGUGCCGGCGUUGUCUUCCUCGACUCGAUGCUCGCGCAGGCGGUGGUUGGCAUGCUCAUCUGCUUUUUGACGAUGGCGCUGCUGCUCUUUCUCAAGCCGUACAAGCAGUGGACAGAUACGCUCGUGUCGAGCAUCAUGCAGUUCCAGUUGUGUCUGACGCUCUUCCUCGGUAUCGUGCACACUUUAUCAACCGAGGACGGCAACUCGGAGCUUAUUGCGAUGGUGAUCCUCGGCAGCGGUCUCGCGACCGUCGUCCUUGCAGGCGUUCUUAUCUGCAAGGAAGUGCUCGACUCGUCGCGCACCGACCUCGCAGCCAUGCGGCACCGGCGCCGAUCAGCAAUUCAAGUCCAAGUGCGGCUACGCUGGCAGCGGGCGUACCGAUGGGCCUUGUUUGAAGCAUGUACGGCCGGUGUGUACCGACCUCGCGGCCGCAUCUGUAUUCCGGCCAUGCUUCACCUCGUGCGCGAAGCCACGUCCGAGCUGCGCCAACAGCGUCGCCGGCUCUACGACCACGACUAA